AUGGCCAGCAGCUUCGACAGAGACCGUGUUGCAUCGGCUAGGAAGCGCUUCGAGAGGUCCAAUGUUGUUUAUAAGAGGGCCCUGGAACUUUGUGGCGACCUGUCGAGACGUGUCAUCAGCCUCGAGAUGGUCCAUUAUCUGCUCCUCGUCGUCAUCCACUGCCAGGGGACUCAGCGUUCGGUGCAGGCCUGGAACAAUCAUGGGCUUGUCAUCCGGUCAGCCAUAGCGUUAGGACUCCAUAGUGACUCUAGCGGGAGGGCAGUCGAUUCCGUCAACGAGGAAUAUCGCCGCCGGACUUGGGUAGUAAUAUACUGUCUAGACAAGGUCCUGAGCGUGGCCUUUGGCAGGCCAGCAAGCAUCCCAGAUGAACAGAUGACCGGACGAGAGCUAGUGCCUGGAUUAUCUCCAUCUGCUUCGAAUGGCCCCCACGGUAGCGUUGAUUUACCUGGUGAAUUCCUUGCUGUUUCGUUCAGGCUGUAUCAGGUGAUGGCCAAGUCCCUCGUUAAUCAGUACGGGGCGAACCUUGAGAACGCCGACUCGAAUCCGGACGACAUAGCUUCACUCAAAGCCUCAGGCGACCUCCGGAAAAUGCUCCAAGUCUGGGCGGCGAGCCUACCAUCGUAUCUGCAUCUCUGCGAGCGGGAUUCCAGCGUACUUUCGCAAAAUACUCCCGCGAAUCGGUUUCGUGUUAUUCUCACGCUUAGGUAUCAUAAUCUUGCGAUUCUCAUACACAAACAGAUACUCAGCGCCACCAUACGUCACCUGUUCCGGGCGAAAAGUGCGGCCGGUGGAAGCCCGCCAUAUUUGAUACAGCUCGCCAUGGCAGAGGCCCACGAAUGCAUACGGGCAGCACAACUUACCAUUGAAAUUGUCCAUUCCAUUAUCAGUGCGGAUUCAAUGAGCAAGAAUAAUCUUGGGGUGUGGUUUUUCACGCUAUACUACGUCUUCACUGCCUCACUGGUCAUCAGUGGCCGCCUACUGUGGGCACAGCAUGGAGAGAGCGUGGUGGACGAGGCAGCUGUCAAAGACUCGAAGAUGUUACUUAGUAAGGCAGAAACGAUAUUCCACGAGCUAGACUAUGAAAACAGUCUGGUCUUGAGUUGCCUGGAAUACAUUCGCAGACUUGCCAGGAUGUGCAGUAUCAAAGGAGCCGCACUAAAUACAUCCGAGGGCCGCUCUGAUACUGACUCGACCUUGAAUCUGGCAGUAUUUAACAGCCAAUCCACCAUUGAUCCUGCCACUGGUUUGGCAGAGCCAGUGCUCCUUAACGUAGAGGACAUGGAGGCAUUCCAGCCUGUCGCCCCCGAAAUGUUCGACCCCUCUAUCUUCGAGGGCUUCCAUCAAUCGCCGGUCGAGGGGAUUACUUUGGGCAAUGGAUUUUAA